AUGGCAUCCUCACGUACCUACUCUCUUUCCGUGCCGUUGCUCCUCCUCGUGAUAGGAGUAUGUUGUUGCAGUGAAGCAUUGCCCAUCGGCCAUCACCCCGUCGACCCGACCUGUCCUCCAGAGCCGACGGCGACGUCGGCGGUGGUGGUGGCGGCCGUGUCGUCCUCCAGCCACGGCGAGCCACGGCGGUGCCAGCCGCCAGCGCCGCACAUCCCGGUGGCCGUGUUCCCCUACGACGUCGACCCGAUGCAGUUCGCGCUGAACCUGGAGUACACCGAGGCCGAGUUCUUCCUGCACGCCGCGUACGGCGUGGGGCUCGACCACAUCGCGCCCAAGCUGGCGCUCGGCGGCCCGCCGCCGGUGGGCGCCCGGAAGGCCAGCCUCGACGAGGUGACGUGGCGCAUCGCCGCGGAGUUUGGCCUCCAAGAAGUUGGCCACAUCAGGGCUAUCCAACGCACGGUCGGCGCGAUCCCUCGGCCGUUGAUAGACCUGAGCGCCCACAACUUCGCCAGGAUGAUGGACAAGGCGUUUGGGUACCGUCUGGACCCUCCCUUCGAUCCCUACAUCAACAGCCUCAACUUCCUGCUGGCCUCCUACGUCAUCCCCUACCUCGGCAUCAACGGCUACGUCGGCACCAACCCCAUCAUCGACGGCUACGAGACAAAGAAGCUUCUGGCAGGGCUGCUGGGGGUGGAGGCGGCGCAGGACGCGGUGUUCCGCGCGCGCCUCUUCGAGCGCCUCGGCGACGCCGUGCCGCCGUACAGGAACAUCACGGUGGCGGAGUUCACGGACCGCGUGUCGGCGCUGCGCAACGGGCUGGGGCGGUGCGGCGUCAAGGACGAGGGGCUCACGGUGCCCCGCGCGCUCGGCGCCGAGGGCGCCAUCUGCACCAACGUGCUCUCCGCCGACAGGGACUCGCUCUCCUACGCCCGGACGCCCGCCGAGCUGCUCAGCAUCCUCUACCUCACCGGCGACGAGCGCGUGCCCGGCGGAUUCUACCCGGAGGGCGCCAAUGGGAGGAUCGCCAGGUCCUUUCUUGGCAAGCCACACGGUGGCGCUCACGGGGUGCCUGGAAACUAG